UUUUUUUUUCUGAUUGAUAUACGUUAGUCAGUGUGUGUGUGUUUGUAAAUGUGUUUUAAAUACACUUCGGCUGCCCACCAAAGACAACUGGUUCAACAAAGAGUCUGUGACAGUGAGUAAUAAACAGGCGACUGGACUACCAAACAGUAACUAAGAAAGAAAAUAAGCAUACAGCGUUGAACCCUCACGCCAAUCUGAUAAUGGCAGAGGACACCCGACAGGACAAGAGGGCCAGCUUCUCGGCCCUGACGGAGCACAACACCAACGGGAUGGCCCGGAGCUCCGCCGUGGCCUCCAGCAAGAGUGGCGCUUCAAAGAAAUUAGUGAUCAAGAAUUUCAAAGACAGGCCAAAAUUAGCCGAGAACUACACGGAGGAUACAUGGCUGAAGCUACGAGAUGCAGUGGGAGCCAUCCAGAACAGCACCUCUAUCAAGUACAAUCUGGAGGAGCUCUAUCAGGCGGUAGAAAACCUGUGUUCGUAUAAAGUCUCCCCCACGCUGUACAAGCAGCUACGGCAAGUGUGUGAAGAUCAUGUGCAGGCCCAGAUCAAACAGUUUAGAGAAGAGUCUUUGGACAACCUUUCCUUCCUGAAGCGAAUGAAUCGCUGCUGGCAGGAUCACUGCAGGCAAACUAUAAUGAUCCGAAGUAUCUUUCUGUUCCUGGAUCGUACCUAUGUGCUUCAGAACUCCCUACUGCCCUCCAUCUGGGACACUGGGUUGGAACUGUUUCGUACCCACAUUGUGAGUGACAGCGGGGUUCAGAAACGGACAGUAGACGGCAUCUUGGAGCAGAUAGAACUGGAGCGGAACGGAGAGACAGUCGACCGGAGUCUGAUCAGGAGUCUGCUGGGCAUGCUGUCAGACCUGCAGGUUUACAAAGAUUCCUUUGAGGAGAGGUUUUUGAUCGAGACCAAUCGUCUGUACGCUGCAGAGGGACAGCGGCUGAUGCAGCAGAGAGAUGUGCCUGAGUACCUGCACCACGUGGCUCGUCGGCUGGAGGAGGAGAACGAUCGAAUCAUGAGCUACCUCGACCAGAGCACUCAGAAACCACUUAUUAGCUGUGUUGAGAAACAACUUUUAGGAGAACACAUGACUGCAAUGCUACAAAAAGGACUGAGCACCAUGCUGGAUGGGAAUCGUGUGACCGAGCUGUGCCUCCUCUACCAGCUCUUCAGCAAGGUGAAGGGCGGACUCCCCACACUGCUGCAGUUCUGGAGGGAUUACAUUAAGUCCUUCGGUGGAGAGAUUGUCUGCACUCCAGAGAAAGACAAGGACAUGGUGCAAGACCUGCUGGACUUCAAAGACAAGAUGGACAACGUUGCACAGAACUGCUUUGCGCGGAAUGAGGGGUUCAUCAACGCCAUGAAGGAGGCCUUCGAGACCUUCAUCAACAAGAGGCCCAACAAACCCGCUGAACUUAUUGCUAAAUAUGUGGACUCUAAGUUGAGAGCGGGGAACAAAGAGGCUACAGAGGAAGAGCUGGAGAGAAUCCUGGAUAAGAUCAUGAUAAUCUUCCGUUUCAUACACGGAAAAGAUGUGUUUGAGGCUUUUUAUAAGAAGGACUUGGCCAAGCGUCUGCUGGUUGGAAAGAGUGCUUCUGUUGACGCUGAAAAGUCCAUGCUCUCCAAGCUCAAACAUGAGUGCGGAGCAGCCUUCACCAGCAAGCUGGAGGGGAUGUUCAAGGACAUGGAACUGUCCAAAGACAUCAUGAUCCAGUUCAAACAGCAUAUGCAGAACCAGAGCGAGCCGAGCAACAUCGAACUCACUGUGAACAUCCUCACUAUGGGCUACUGGCCUUCAUACAUACCCAUGGAGGUCCACUUGCCCCCAGAGAUGGUGAAACUCCAGGAGGUGUUCAAGUUGUUCUACCUGGGGAAGCACAGUGGGAGGAAGCUGCAGUGGCAGCCCACACUGGGCCACGCUGUACUAAAGGCAGAGUUUAAGGAGGGGAAGAAAGAGCUGCAGGUGUCGCUGUUCCAGACGCUGGUGCUGCUGAUGUUCAAUGAGGGAGAGGAAUUCAGCGUGGAUGAGAUCCGCACUGCCACAGGCAUAGAGGAGGGAGAGCUCAGGCGGACGCUGCAGUCCCUGGCCUGCGGAAAGGCUCGCGUCCUCAACAAGAACCCUCGAGGGAAGGACGUGGAGGACGGAGACCGCUUCAAUUUCAACAAUGAUUUCAAACAUAAACUAUUCCGCAUCAAGAUCAACCAGAUCCAGAUGAAGGAAACGGUAGAGGAGCAGGUAAGCACCACAGAGCGCGUCUUUCAAGACAGGCAGUAUCAGAUCGAUGCAGCUGUGGUGCGCAUCAUGAAGAUGAGGAAGACCCUCAGUCACAACCUCCUGGUGUCAGAGCUCUACAACCAGCUCAAGUUCCCCGUAAAGCCGGGCGAUCUGAAGAAGCGGAUCGAGUCGCUCAUAGACAGAGACUACAUGGAACGUGACAAGGAGACUCCUAACCAGUACCACUAUGUUGCCUGAAGGGAUACAGCUGUUACUGCCAUGCUUUCCUCAGAGCAAGCGUACAGCUGGCCCCCCUAAACACAGCAUAACGGCCCUCCAGCCACCCGACUCUCCUCUGGUGCCCAUCUUCCCCUCCAUCCAGGAUCCUGGACGCAUCGUCCCGAUCACACAGAGCUCCAGAGAGACGAGAGACACUUGGCUGUACCGUUCCCACUCUGCGUUACCUUUAGUGGCUCGGGGCUGGGGGAGUGGCCCGGGUUGUUGAUGGUUGGUUUAUGUGACUUACAAAUCUUCUAAUGCAAAACUCAACUGAAAAUGAUUAGCACUUUCCUCUGUUUUUGUUUCGUUUUUUCCCUCCCAGGAUUUUGAUUUGUUUCCCCCUCUCCAUCACGCUGUUCUAAAAUCACUUAUUUUCUACUAUAGUUGGUUUGUCUUGAGUUUUAAGUUUAUAUUGUUUCUUUUGUUCAAGGCGUUCCCCUUGGGAAUGGCUGCGUAAACUGCUGAGUGUAAACCUGGUUGGUUGGUAUGGCAGAGAAACAGCUGUUAAGGACAAAAAAAGACUUAAGAAGAUGAAAUGGGUCAGACGUGUUUGGGUAUGAGGGGAGGGUUUAUUGCUCAGAAGCUAAACAACAUGCAGGCAGGCCACUUGGGUAUUUCUUUGGGUAUCUUCUAUGUUCUGACCAAAAUGUCCAAAUGUCAUGUGCUGACGUUUUUGUAGAUCAGAUUGUAUUACGUGUAAGAGUGAGACAAAGUGAACCUGAAUAAAUGGAUAUUUAAUGAUUCAAUUCA